AUGGCUAUCAUGGGGCUUUGUUCUUCAGACAACGACAAACCAUUACAUUAUGUGGAGGAGGAGAGAGGUUUGGAGCCUGCUCUGUGUGCAGGCUGCAGGUGUUGUCUCCUUCCUGCAGCUGCUAACGAGACGUGCCAGUCACGGGACGUCCUGCCGGCAGAGGUACAGCACUGCCCCUGUCUUCUGCACCAGGAGCUGCUUCAGCGAUCUGCCUGGCUGGGAAUCAGGAAUGCCCUCCCUCUCCACCUUCCUGGUGGCUCAUACCAAACUCACCAGGAGACCUGUGACCGCACCAUCCACAGAGCAUGA